CACAUGCAGUCUAGGAUUUGAAUGUGAUUUGUUUGGUUUUUUUCCUCCCUCCCUCCCUCUCAACUGUGUUUAUAUAAACAACCACAACCACAAUAACAGCGACAGUAACAGAAAAGAAAAGAAAAGAAAAGAAAGGGAGAUUGCCAGAGCAGCAGCUAAUUGUACUACUGCAAAAUACACACUUUCUUCGUUUUUUGGAGCCUCAAUAACAGCACCCUGUUAGAAAUACCGCUCGAAGUUAAGUGUGAAAGUCCGUUUUGGGCUGAGGAGAGUGGAGAUGAAUAUAUCACCAUCACAAUACAAUAGUGGAUGUGAAUCUGGAUGGACAAGUUACUUGGAUCAGUCCUCUUAUCUUUCUCAAAGUCAGUUCCAAAAACCUGGGGGUUUUGCUGAUUAUGUGGAGACAAAAGAAGAAGAAGAAGAAGAAGAAGAGGAAGAGGAUCUUUCAAUGGUUUCUGAUGCUUCUUCUGGACCUCCACAUUACCACGAUUUUGACGAAGACUGCGUGUACGAAGACGGAUCUUCUUUUUCGGUUUCGUGGGGUUCCAAAUUGGGAAAGAAAAGCAAGAAGAAGAGCAAAGGAAAUGGCAGCAGAGAGCUCCACCUUGAUGACACCGCUAGCUCCCCAGUCCUCAACUAUUCCAAGAAGAAGUUGAGUACUAAUUUCUCAAAAGAUGAAUCUUCAAUGCAGAAUGUAUUGGGUUACUCUGAGGGUUUUUCUGCAACACACAAGAAGGGAAAAUCUGCAUUGCUGCAGCACUUUGGUUUCUUGAAGUCAUCUCUACCCAAAAGUCCAGCUUCACAAAAACCAGUUAUCAAACAGGUGAUUUGCAAGGUGAAAGUUGGGAGUGAUAUAUAUAAUGACAGGAAUGAAGUAUCUCAUUUCAUCUGCUGCAGUUGGGGAGAGAAGAGAUCGGGAAACAAACAAUGUAAAAGCUAAAACGCAAUUAGAUUUAGAUCCCGUGGGAUCUUGUUCCUUGCUUUUUUGCUACCUUUCUUUCCAAUAAAUUACAUUUUAUUUCUUCUUGUCAACGCAGUGGGAAACAACGUAAGGAACAUAAAAAAAAAUAUUAGUAAAUUAUCGCCCUA